AUUCCCACUUAAAUUACCAAAACAAUUAGACAAUAAGUUCUUAUAGGUCAAUAAAUAUAUCUUCAACAAUUUCGAACUACAAGUAAGUUCGAUUAAGUUUGGUAAUGGUCGGAUCUAAUAUAAUAUAAAAACUUACAAACGCCAAAAGCAUGCCCUUUUCACAUUAAUAAACGAUUAACAAGCAACAAAGCGACAUGCAAAACCCUCAAAUCCCAACGAAAACCCAUAAAAAUGUAAAUAAAUUAUCUACUGCGACUCACAUAUUGGUCAGUUCAUCCUUGGCAGGUUAUCCUAGGGAACUGUACCAUUGUAAGGACGUCUCUUUUUGGGUUUUUUUGAACGCGCUAUUUCCUCCACAGCACGCUUGCGCCAGCUGGGAAAACAACGGGAAACGGGAGACCCACUGCAGGAGCAGGAAUCAGGAAUACAUCGGCGGCUGCGACAUGCAGAAUUGGCGUGUAGAUGUCGCGCCGGUAGACGAAUAUUUUUAAAUGCAUAACGGGAGUUUUGUGUUCGAAUAUUAUGCAAUUCGCUUAAUUAUAGCAAGAACAAUUUUGUUAUUGGUUGCCUAUUGAAUCAUUACUGACCAGGUGCAGAUAGACAAUAUUUCUUACUCUUGUGACUCUUCUUUCCAAAUAUCUUCUUGUUAUUGGGUAACUCUGUUGAGGUAAAUAUCUUCUCUUUAAAACUAAAUCAAUCGUUUCUUCAUUAGGUUUAAGAAUGGUUUCUUCGUAAAAUCUCCUAUCAAAAUUAUCCGUAAUGAAAUUAACGAAUCCUGG